AUGAAGACCUCAGUGGCUACGCUGGCUUUAUGCCUCCUCUACCUGCCUGUGUCCGAGGCUGUCCACGCUCAUAUCCUACACCAUCCCUGUGACCACAGGAUUCAAGACCUGGUGACCAGAUUGACAAAAGCUGAAAAACAACUUGAGCUUCUGAAGCAAGAGAAUGCAGGUAAGCGGGUGGCGUUUGGAGCAACUCUCGGCAUUGUUGGAAAUGUUGGACCUUUUAAUGCUGCGAUCACACUGACCUACAAGAACGUGUACGCAAACACAGGCGCAUACAACCCUGCGACAGGUAUUUUCACUGCUCCAGUCAGAGGAGUCUAUUACUUCAGCUUCUCUGGACAUCACCUAUCCACUAGAACAAUGGGGUUGUAUCUGAUGAAGAAUGGAGUACACAUGGUGUCUGGGUGGAACCAUGCGGCUGGAAACCGCUACGAGACAGCAACCAAUGGCAUGACUCUACAGCUUGAAGUGGGAGACCAGGUGUACAUGAGACUCCUGGGAAACACCUGGAUUUUUGACAAUGAUGCGAAGCUCAGCACCUUCAUUGGUCAUUUGUUGUUCCCUCUGUGAGAUCAAUAAAGUUCAAAGACGGCCUUGAGGAGAGGUCAGCCAUAUGACUCAUAUAUUAUUGUUGCAGGUGGUGGUAAUAAUAAAGAUACAAAUCAAAUAAUCAAUGGCAUGGGAUGAACAGUUACUCAAAAUAUUCGUGUGUGUUUAAAGCUUCAUUGAUCAGCUUUAAGCCUCUAAUAGGCAGCAGCCACUCUGUCAUCUUCUCUGUUAGCAACU